AUGAAUUUGUCUGCUAAUAACAAUGCAUCGGAUCAACUGAUUGCGAACAUUAAUGCUAAUAUAAUUAAUCGUUACCAAUCAGGUCAAUUACAAGUAGAGUGGGCAAAUAAUUCACUUUGUAAUGGUUCAAGUUCAUCAAGUGUAAGCAUUCACGAACCAGGAAAUUUCACAACAGUAACAUUAGGCGUCAUAAGUCGACUGGUAUUAGUAACUCCACCAGCAUCAUGCCGUUCACAAUGUAGAUGUGAUACUCAACCGGUACUCAAGGCUUAUGAUGCAUCGGGUAAUGCUAUACUAAAAUUAGGUUCCGAUAAUCAACCAUGGCAAGUUGUUGGUACUGUCUUGGGAUCAGCAAACGUAAGUGUUUAUGGUGCUAUUGCUAAUUAUUCAGACGAACAAACACAAUAUUCAAUGUUUGGUGUCACAGCAACUGGUUCAUAUCAAAUUCAAUUUUCUUUCAUCACACCAAGUGACGUUAAUAGUUCAUUUGUUGCUACUGUUAAUUUAACAGUUACCAAUCCUAUACUAAGUGCUAUUCAAAGUGAUGAUGUUUCUGUUGUUUCCAAGAAUGAAACAUUUAAUAUGACGGUUCUAAUCGUUGAUCAAAUAUCAAAAACUCGAAUAGCCGAUAUUCAUUGGGGUGGUUUUUCAUGGACAGCAACAGUUUCUCUGUAUACUUCAUUACAAUAUCAAAGUAAUGGCUCAUUAAUAGCAGCGUCAACGUCAACAGCUAUUGUUAACCUAACAGCAGGCACAGUAACAGCUACAAAUUUGGAAAUUACAGAAAUUGGAAUGUACGUGUUCAGUAUGACAAUAACAUCAUCAAAUAAUCAAUAUUCGAUUCUAUUCACAAAAGGUAGUGUCGUGAAUAGUUUUAUUGUGGAUGGUAGUACUUCAGACGUAGCUGCAGUUUUGACAAUGGGUGCUGUCACAAUAACAACAACUGGUCAAAAUGCUUUAAAUGGUCAAACCAUUAGUUCAUGUUCGGUUGACGAUGUAUUAUAUACUUCUAAUAGUUCAAGUUCAAGUACCAGUGGCGGAAAGAACGCAGGAUUAAUUGCUGGUAUUACCGUGAGGGUGGUUGCCGGUGUUGCACUUAUUGCUGGCGGAGUUCUUCGUACUAUGAAAAUUUUCAUGGUUCCAACAGGUCAGCCUCUCCUUAAUAAUGGACCUGAUGACGCCCCAUUAGUUCUAACACAACCAGAACCAACAAAUGGAAAUACAGCAAAUUCAUCAACAUCCAAUACGGCGCCAAAUAAUAAUGCUAAUCGGGCUCAUUCACCAUUGUCAACUAAUUCAAAUGGACAGCGAAAUGUAUCAGGCUUGAGUGCUGCUAGUACUAUUGAUCUAUUUCUUUCGGGUCCGGCCACUACACCAUCUACACCCAACGCCAUGCCGCCAUUCAAACUUCUGAAUCUCGAACAUCAUUAA